GAUGUAGUAGUGCCCAGUUAACCUGUCCUGGUUUAUGGUAUCUGCAGUGUAAUGACUCCCACUGUUCUCUUCAGCCUUCCUUCCAGUCAGGAGGCCAGAGCUGACAAGAUGGACAGUACCCUGCCGGCAGUAGCAGAAGAGCUUUUGAGAGAGAUCAAAAAGGCUUUUAAGGAGACCUCACACGUCCCUGAUGACCUGCUGCUGGGGCUGAAGUUCAUAUUUGGCCCAUGUGCUGUCCCAGCUUUGGAUCUGGUGGAUCAGCGUUGUGUCACCCGAGUCACAUCCCCCAGUGGAAGGACUGCAUACCAGGUUCUUGGGAGCUCAGGCAAACUCUACACCUGCUAUAGUUCCUGCCACUUCUGCACAUGUCCUGCUUUUGGGUUCACUGUAUUGCAGAAGAGCGAGAGCCUUCUGUGCAAACAUAUACUUGCUGUCUACCUCAGUCAGGCCAUGGGAGCCUGUCAGGAACUAACAGUGUCUGAGGAGCAGCUCAUAAACAUCUUACUGGCUGAUGAAGAGGACGAAGGAUGAAGGAUUUGUAUCACAUGUGGAUGUGCCUUCUGUGUACCCUCCCAGCUGUGUUGCUGGCUUUUUUUGUAUCUACAAGGGUGUCAAAUAUUCAUAAUGGCUGGUAGGUUUCUUCCUGUGCUGCAGCCAAGUGUGACAUUAAUUAGCAUUAGAAUUGAUAGAUUAAUUAAUAAAUGUUAAGAAGCCUA